UCGUGCCUCCUCUACGGCGCCCACGACGCCCGCUACGAAGACCGACCCAUCCCCACCAUCACUUCCCCAACAGAUGUAAUAAUCCGCAUUGCCUACACAGGCGUCUGCGGCAGCGACGUCCACUUCUACCACCACGGCGGCAUCCACCGCCCCAUAACCCCCUCCAACCCGAUAACAAUGGGCCAUGAAUCCACCGGCAUCAUCCACGCCAUCGGCCCGGCCGUAACCACCCUCUCCCCAGGCGACCCCGUAGCCCUCGAACCCGGUUACGCAUGCCACCGCUGUAAUCUUUGCAAAUCCGGACGGUAUAAUCUGUGCCGGGAGAUGAAGUUCGCCGCGGUCCCUGGCAUAUGUCACGGCACCCUCACGCGGUUCUUCAAGUUACCUGCUGAUUACUGCUACCGGAUUCCGGAGGGGACAUUAGGAUUGGAUGAGGCGACGCUGUUGGAGCCGUUGGGGGUGGCGGUGCGGUCUGUGAGGGAGGUGGGGGUAAAGCCUGGGAUGAGGGUGGUGGUUUUUGGGGCGGGGACUGUCGGGGUGUUGUGUAUGGCCGUGGCGAGGGAGUUUGGGGCGAGCAGGGUUGUUGGGGUGGAUUUGAGUGAGAGGAAGUUGGAGUUUGCGGAAAGUGUGGUUGGGAAGAGGGUUUGGGGGGGUGGGUUUGUUCCAUCAGGAGAUGCGGAGGAUGGAAGGAGGUUGGUGGAGGGAUUUUGUGGGAGUGAUGAUGAUGAGGCAGGGUUCGAUGUUGUUAUUGAGGCUACGGGGGCAGAGGCUUGUAUUAACUUGGGCAUAGAGGUGGUGAAGGUUGGAGGGGCGUUUAUGCAGACGGGGCUGGGGAGGAAGAAUGUGAGUUUUCCCAUUGGAACGGUGGUUGCGAAGGAGGUUGUCGUUAAGGGGUGUUUUCGGUAUGGGCCGGGGGAUUACAAGCUCGGGAUGCAGAUGGCUGUGGAGGGGAGGAUUCCGCUGAAGAGGUUUAUUACCAAGGUGGUAGGUUUUGAGGAUGCCGUUGAGGCGUGGGAGACUACGGCUAGGGGGGAAGGGAUUAAGACGUUGAUCAGAGGGGUGGAUACGCCGGUGGAAGUGUAG